CUAUCGCAUAUACCCUUGUCAACCACUGAGCCAAUACUACUAGUUCGUGUCUCUCUCUGUACCUCACUGUUCGAGUGAGAAUCGGAACCUACGACCACAUCAGGAAGCCGACCCGCAGGAUUGAUGAUUCGCGACUCGACCUCAUCGAUGCUCGCCGACUGCACCGGUGGCCGUGGUGGUCGCUUUGCUGGCAAGCUCACCGAGGCUCCUCGAGAUUCUGCCGUAUUUCGGUCUAUCGCUGUCACCUAUACAUACCCAGAGCCCGAAGGAUGGUCCUUCUGGCGAACGCCCAGCGUCAUCUAUCUUUCUUUCGUUAUACGGACGCCUUCAAUCGAGAGACCGAUCUAUGUACAUCGUCAACAUCUGAUCUGGGCUUGGGAAUAUCUGCGUCAAGUCAAUCGAAAACGAUGGAGCCUUUUUCUUAGGUGUCACGAUGAAGAUGUCAGGAAACGCUUCCGAUUCACAGCUGAAGACAUGGCCGUGAUGUAUGAAUGGGAGGAGGAAUCGCUGAGACUGUUUAAUACCUUUGGAGCGCAUCUGGAUCGUCUUGCCGACUUUGAGGAAGCGGGCUUGAAGCCCUGCUCUUUCGGUCAGGGAUUGAUGCAAGUUCCGAAAGAUAACUUAUUUAUCCCCACCAUCGACGUUCCUACGCGCCCGGAAUAUUUCCCAGCUGCCUUCUUCAUCUAUGCUAUCCGGGUCUUACAAGGUCGGGCAGGACUGAGUGACCUUGAAGAUGUUCACCUUCGACGCAGAGUUCAAGAAUGCAUCUCCUCAACGCCCGAGGCCGAUUAUGAUAUCGGCAACGAGGCGAGUUAUCUUGUAUCGGUGAAGCUGGACGAGGAAAUUUUGGAUCCCGUGGAUGAGCCGGACGUGGCAAGGUUGAUCAAAGUUGGUGCCGUCCCGGAGCAAGUUUGUCGCCAUGAGCCGCUAGAUCCCGAUACCCUGACGAAGCUCUUCAGAGAGGAGAGUCUCCGUGUAUCUGUUCAAGGCUCUCGGCCAAUACAACCAGCAGAUGACGGACUUCCUGAUCCUUACGAAUUGUUCGAGUCUUUCCUGCAUUUCGAACCGGUUGAAUGGUUGGUCAGCAAGGCCUCAUGGGAAGCCGAACCCCUCUCUACACACUCGUCCCCACCAGAGUCCGGCGAACCGAAUGAAACCCGCUCGGUCUAGCCGAGAAGUUUCAGGAAUCGAAAGAAGGGACGGCCGGGUCGAACCACCAAUGAGGACGUCCCGUCAGUCGCCCUUCCAUACAUGAACAGAGUUCUUGUACAAACCGAGGUCGUGGAUCGGCUUCCUCCUAUCAUAUCCCUGCUAUCGGAUCACUCGAUAGGUAACUUACGGGUCGCGGAUUGGGCAAACAACUUUCUGGCCCGACGAUGUCACCACUCCGGACGAGAUCGGCCGUUUCUCACACUUGGAAAGCUGUGCUGCGGAAUGAUUUCAAGCAGUCCCAGGACUAUCACCCGUGCGAGCGAAAGAAAGAUAGGCUUAUCAGGCGGGCUGCUCUAUCGUUGUAUCAUGAUACUGCAAAUAUCCCUUCAUGUGAUGAAAUACUCGAGAUACGCCGCAA